AUGUUGCUGCCGUUGCUUCUCCUGGCUCUAUGUCUCCUCCCUGGAAUUGUGUCGGCCCAGAAGCCAACUGUUUAUAUCAUUCGACAUGGCGAGAAGCCCAAGAACAAGGAUGACCAUGGUCUCACCUUGGAUGGGAUCAAGCGGGCGCAAUGUCUGCGCAGUGUUUUCGGGAAGGAAUCGGGAUAUGAUAUUGGACAUAUUAUGGCACCUCAUGUCAGAGAUGAUGGCGCGCACCGCCGUGCAUUUCUGACAGUUCUUCCCCUCGCCACUGAUCUCGGGCUUACGGUUGAUACACACUGCAAGCGCAAGCAGGUGGAAUGUGUUGCUAAGACAAUCAGGUCCUAUGAUGGACCUGGCAAUAUUCUGAUUGCCUGGCGACACACGAAUAUGGGUGGGAUUGAGGAGGCGCUUGGGGCUUAUAAGCCUGUAGAGUAUCCAGAUGAUCGAUGCGUCGGAGUUGAUAGUGGUUAUCUCCGAAGCGUCUUGGAUCUCUUCUCUGCUUUGAGUCAUCUUGGAUAUGGGCUAGGAGUAGCCUAUAUCUUCGAUAUCAUUUGGACAGAUCCUUGGCCCUAUGGCAAUGUGACGCAGAUAAAGAGCGAAGGUUGUCCCGGAUUGGAUUCCGGUCGUCUGAUUGCAAUUUCAGUCUACGGGAUCAUGGAUGAUAUUGAGGAUCGGCUCCGCAGCCAUGCCCAGGCAUUUGACGGUUUACUGUCCUUAAUCCCCGCCAAAUAUUACUACGGUGAAGAGAACACAAGUGAUCAAUGGCAACGCAAGAAGCAGACCAAAGAACAAGCCCGUGAAGCGAAGCGAGCAAAGCUUGACCCUGAAGCCGCCAAGACUGCCAAAGACGUGAUGGACGAGAACGCACGCAAACGCAAGCGCGAGGAUGGCACCGUCCAGUCCGACUCCUCGGAUGGAGAGAUGGGCACCGAGAACCCUAAGGAGGGACUGAACCGCGGAAACGCCAAGCCCAAGAAACAGAAGUCGGUCGAGAACGGCGAGAAGGACGCUGCUAAGGCAGCUGAGGCCGAGGCCCGCAAAAAGCAAAACGCAGAGAAGAAGGCAGCAAAGAAGGCCGAACAGAAGGAGAAGAAGAAGGCCAAGGAUGCUGCCCGCAAGGAGAAGGUUCAACAGAACAAGAAGCAGGCGACUACUACAACCGAGGAUUCGGAAAAAUCUGCACCAAAGCCUAAAGCAUCAAAGCCCAAGGGUGAUGCCCCCAAGAAAGCCGAAGCAUCCGACGAUGAGGACGACGAUGACAACGAAGAGGAAGAUGGCGUUGUUGAGGAAGGUUUCUCUCUCGAAUUCAACGAUCAGCCCGAAAACUCCUCAGCCUCGUCCACCACUCACUCUCCCAAUGCCUCAAAUCCCCAAUCUGGCAGCUCUUCUAUCUCCUCCAUCGUUCCUCCCUCCGCCUCCACCGAAGCCAAAUCCUCAGAGCCCAAACCCCUCAAGCACACACCCGAAGAACUGAAGCAGCGCCUACAAAAGCGUCUUGACGAGCUUCGGGCCAAGCGUCAUGCAGAUGGACUCAACGGCAAGCCUGCCCGCAACCGCCAAGAGCUCAUCGAAGCCCGUCGGCAAAAAGCCGAGCAAAGAAAAGCCCACAAGAAGGAAUUGCGCCAGAAAGCCAGAGAUGAGGAACAGCUGAAGUCCGACGAAGCCAUGGCUCGCCGCUUCUCCCCCGGUGGCUCCGGAUCCCUUCUGGCCUCUCCCCGAUCCCCAGCCGAAUCCGUCGGCUCCUCCAGCAACAACUUCUCCUUCGGUCGUAUGAUCUUCACAGACGGCCAGGCCACAGACGCUACCGGCUCUGAUGUGCGUGACAAGCCCAAGACCCACGGUGCCCGCGACCCAGCUGCCCAGCUGAAGGCCGCCGAGGCCAAGAGCGCCCGUCUCGCAGAGUUGGACCCUACCAAGCGUGCCGACAUUGAGGAGAAGGACACCUGGCUGAACGCCAAGAAGCGUGCCAAUGGUGAGCGUGUCCGCGACGACACCUCUCUCUUGAAGAAGGCCCUCAAGCGCAAGGAGACCGCAAAGAAGAAGUCCGAGCGUGAGUGGAGGGACCGCAUCGACACCGUCGCCCGCUCCAAGGAACACCGCCAGACCAAGCGCGAUGAGAACCUUCGCAAGCGCCGAGACGAGAAGGGCAACAAGGGCAACAAGAAGAAGCCCAGCAGUGGUGGCAAGAAGAAGGCUGCUCGUCCUGGCUUUGAAGGCGGCAGCUUCAAGGCUAAGUCUGGCGGCGGCGGCGGCAAGAAGAAAUAA